AUGACAGCGACCGUUCCUCUUCAAGAGGCGUGGAUAAGACUACAACGACGCAACAGAGGGAGCAACAAACACUAUUAUGUGAUUAAGGAUUCCCUGUUCUCACUGUUCCCUGAUAAGGAAUACUACAACGACUCCAGUCAUGACCGCUGCAGAACCUGCGCUGUGGUGGGAAACUCAGCCAACCUGAACGGAUCUCUGUACGGUCCUCUGAUAGAUGCACAUGACUUCGUUUUAAGGAUGAAUCAGGGUCCCACUAAAGGCUUUGAGACUGACGUCGGGACACGCACCACGCACCGAGCCAUGUACCCUGUGAGUGCCAUGGACAUGGACAACUCCACCCAUAUGGUGCUGCUGCCUUUUAGUGUUAGAGACUUGGAAUGGCUCAUAAGCGCCUUCACCACCAAGCACAUUAACCGCACACAUACGGCAGUAAAAGCAACAAUAGAAGCCAAUAAAGACAAGGUGAUGGUGAUGAACCCUGGGUUCAUGAAAUAUGUCCAUGCCUAUUGGUUGAAGGGAAAGGGUCGAAUCCCAUCCACUGGCUUCAUUAUGCUUGUAUUCUCUCUACACAUCUGUGAUCAGGUGAACGUGUUUGGAUUUGGGGCUGACAGAAAAGGAAGAUGGCUCCAUUACUUCGACAGCACACAUCGUCCAAAAUUUAACACCGGCAACCACAGAGGAAGCUUCGAACACACCAUCAUCAUGGAACUUCACAAGAAAAAAAAGAUUACAGUGUUUAAAGGAUGGUAA